AUGGAUCCAAUCGCCAACCCGACUGUCCAGGUGCAGGACGGAAUGACUACGAGCGACGGGAGACCUUAUGCCGAACCGGAUGAGAUUUGGGAUGGGCUGAGGAGGACAGUAUCGAAGAUGACAGGACGAUCGAAAACGGGGAGCGAAGCGAAGCAGUCUAUUCAUCAAGAGAUGGAAAUCCGAUCGCACGGGCGUACACGGUCGCAUAGGACGCAACCCAUCGACGAGCUAGACGAAGAGCCCGGAAUACCUAUCGUAGACGCAGAGGAUGACUUUCCUGAGGGUGGACUGCGUGCAUGGCUCGUUGUCGCAUCAGCGUGUUUGAUGCUGUUCCCUUCCUUUGGCUUCAUGGUUUCCAUCGGCACACUUCAGGACUACUGGGGCCAGCAUCAGCUCUCGUACAUGUCGGCGCGUGAUAUUGGAUGGAUCCCUUCGGUGUUCGUUUACUUGUCCCUUGCGUUGGGCAUCUGGGUGGGACCACUCUUCGACCGUUAUGGGCCACGAUGGAUCGCUCUGACCGGAAGUGUCAUGUUCCUACUGAUGAUCUUCCUACUUGCUGAGUGCGACAAGUUUUGGCAGAUGAUCCUUUGCUGCGGUGUACUGGGAGGAUUCUCCGGCGCCAUGCUGACCACUACGAGUCUUGCGGUAGUUGCGCAUUGGUUCAAAGCGAGACGAGGUCUCACCCAAGGCAUCGCAAUGAUGGGCAGCUCCGCUGGUGGUUUGGCAAUCCCUUUAAUCCUACGCACUACCCUUCCAAAGUAUGGCUACGCAUGGUCGCUCCGGAUACUGGGUUUUGUAUUCCUCUUUUGCUUCAUCGUCGCCAACAUCCUGAUGAAAGCUCGCAUUCCACCAUCCGCUGCUGCAAAGAAGAAGGCAAUAAUCUCACUCUCGAUCUACGGUGAUCUAAGGUUGAGCCUGUUCACAUUGAGUGUUUUCGGUUUUGAGGUCGUUCUCUUUGGUGGGCUGGGCAUUAUGCCUACAUAUGCAUCGAUAAGCACCGACUUUCCGCCGGAUACUGGAUUCUAUCUCAUCGCCGUACUCAAUGGAGUAUCUUGCCUCGGACGACUAUUUCCAGGCUAUGUCGCAGACAAGAUUGGUCGAUUCAAUACCCUGUUCGUCAUGAUUCUUUUCACUUUGCUCUGGAUGUUGGUCCUGUGGUUGCCGUUUGGUACAACAUCGCUUCCAGCACUGUACGCUUUCGCAGCGCUCUUUGGAUUUGGGUUGUUGCUUGCCUACAUCGUUGUCGGAAGUGUCUUAUGGUGUGUCAUGCAAAGUGUUGCAGAACUGGCUACGGUGAUUCCUACUGCUGGCUCAUUCCCACAUUUCGCGAGCCGCUUCAUUGACCCGGCUGUCGGAUUCUCCUUGGCUAUAAGCUAUGGUUAUUGCUACACUAUAUCCAUCGCCGCCGAAUGCUCGGCAUCCGCAAUCCUGGUCGGCUACUGGACUGACAUGUCACCUGCUAUUGUCAUUACCAUCAGUCUUGUCCUCAUUCUCGCAAUCAACCUGCUUAGCGUGCGUUGGUUUGGUGAAUCGGAAGUCGCUGCAGGUACGAUCAAGAUCGCGUGCUUCCUGGGUCUGAUCCUGGUUUCUAUUGUCAUAACGUCCGGAGGCGCACCAAACGGCGAGACCAUUGGAUUCCGCUACUGGAACAACCCCGGAGCCUGGGUAGAUUACAAUGGCAUCACUGGACCAACGGGUCACUUUCUGGGAUUCUUGGCAUCGUUCGUCAACGCGGCGUUCUCCUUCAUCGGCGUCGAGGUGGUGGUUAUUACAGCUGCCGAGAGCAUCAACCCUCACGUUGCCAUCCCAAAGUCGGCCAAACGGGUUACAUUCCGAAUCGCACUGUUCUAUGUUCUGGGUGCUCUUCUUAUUGGAAUCAUUGUCGACCCUAGGAAUCCCGGUCUCGUGUCAGACAGUGGAAAUGCCAACUCUUCACCUUGGGUCAUCGCCAUCAAGCAGGCAGGCAUCAGCACCCUCCCUUCGAUUGUGAACGCCUGCAUUCUCAUAUCUGCCUGGUCGGCAGGUAACUCUUACUGUUGGGUCGGAUCCCGUAUCAUCGUCGCGAUGACCACGGACCGCCAGCUCCCACAAUUCUUCGGCCGUACCUGGAGUAACGGCGUACCGUACUGGGCGGUCCUCGCUUCUUGGGCUUUUGGACCUCUCGCAUAUCUCAGUCUGGGUUCUGGUGGUGCUGCACAAGCGUUCGGCUGGCUAGUCAGUCUUAGCACUGUUGCGGGAUUGAUUGCCUGGGCGACAUUGUGUUUCUGCUUCAUCCGCUUCUAUGCUGCCAUGAAAGCGCAGGGACACAGUCGAGACAGCUUGCCUUGGAAGAGCCCGUUCCAGCCUUUUACCGCAUGGUAUGGGUUCAUUGGGUCCACUAUCAUUACUUUGAUUACAGGAUUCCCUGUGUUUUUGAAGGGAAACUGGAAUACGGGUGAUUUCAUCGCCUCGUACAUUGGCAUACCACUUUUUAUAGUGCCAAUCAUUGUCUGGAAGCUGUGGCAUAAGACACAAUUUGCGCGUGCCAAAACCAUCGAUCUACACUCCGGACGUCUUCGGUGA